AUGGUGACCGAAGAGAAUGAUACGGGAGAAGGCGAGCGGAUCGUGUUUGUCCUCUCGGAUGACUGCUUUAAAGGGGAAGGCCCGACGGGUCACCUGAUAACAGAGGGCGGGCGAUCUGCUACGAAAGACGAGUACCCUGAUACAAGGUUGGUAGCAAGCUGCUGA